CGGGUAGGUAGCAGGCAGCAGCACAUCUCAGCCUUCACCCCUCUCACACUCUCUUCACUCAGUUCGAGCAAGGGGGGCAGCGAGCGAAGCGGUAGGUAGCAGCAGUACGUGCUGCCGCCAAGCUAGUUAGUGCCAAUGGCGAGGGCGGUGGCGAUGCUCGUGGCCCUGGCCCUGGCCCUGGCGCUGAUCGUGGCGGCGAGCGCGGGCGGGGCGGCGGCGCAGCAGUGCAGCGCGGCGCAGCUGGCGGCGUGCGCCCCGGCGAUCAUCAGCGGGUCGCCGCCCACGGCGUCGUGCUGCUCCAACCUGCGCGCGCAGGAGCCGUGCUUCUGCCAGUACGCGCGCAACCCGGCGUACAGCAGCUACAUCAACAGCCCCAACGCCCGCCGCACGCUCACCUCCUGCGGCAUCGCCGUCCCGAGCUGCUAGGGCGCUAGCUCGUGCCUCGUGGUGUGGAUGAAUAAAAAGAUGCAUGUCGAUCUCUGCUUACUGUUAUCGUAUCUGUAGUACCUCGUGUGAUAUGAACAAUAUGUAUUAUUUACCAA